AUGCCUUCCACCAUCAGUUUUUCCGCUCCUGCAGCGACCAAAUCACAUUCCAUCUACGCUCGACCAGCAAAGAAGCAAAAGAUGAGCAUCACGCAGACCUACUUUCUCGCCCACAGUGCCCGAGGAAAGCUCUCCAAGGAGGCUUCGCGGCCUGAUCAUGAUCUCCGCCUCUUGGUUGGACACGCAAACAUGCUCGACUCUCUGAUGCUCGAUCUAGCCAAUGCAGAGCAGGAGCAAGAGAGAUGGUUCAACAAUAUCGUCUCCGGAUCUCAAGAAGAGGAGGACGAGAGACACCGACACGUCGAAACCAUUGUCGAGGAGCCCGAAGCCGACUGGGAAGCCGAGGAUGCACACAGCUCUGAUGAAGAGUCGGAUGACGAGUUUGAGCAAAAGCCAAUCCAUAAUGUCACUGCCAUCGAAGUCGACUCGGACAUGGAAGAUGAUGAGGCCGAAGCCGAUCUCACUCUCACCCGAACAGCAUCUCGACACUCUCCUCCCGAGCUCAGUCUCGAUACCGACUCGGAUUCCGAGGAUGAGCACAUGCCACCCUCACCACCCACAGUCACACUAGAGGUCCUCAGUGACAAGCAAAGACAAGCCAUUGCCACAACCUCCUUCUACGACGCAAAGGACACCACCUCAUUAUCACCCGCAGAGUCAGAAGCCUUCAACCAAGAAGGUUUCUUCCUACCUUCAAGACAACAGCCAACCAUAAUCGCUGCCUACUGA